AUGUUAACCUCUUUGUGUCUCUUGUUUCUCCAGCUGGAAAAGGAAGAGCAAAUUCACAGCAUAGACAUUGGAAAUGAAGGCUCUGCUUUCAUUGAGGUCCUUGUUGGACACUCCACGUCAGUCAAAGACCAAGACUUUCAGGUUUUGCUGGUCACGUCGUCCUUCAUGUCGCCCACGGAGAGCCGUAACGGCACGAACACAAACCGCGUGCGUUUCUUCGGGCCGAGCCAGCUGGUGAAGGCCACGGCGCAGGAGAAGUGGGACUGUGUGAAGAUCGUGUGCAGUCAGCCGUACAGCAAGUCAAUAGCGUACGGAGUUGCCUUCAUAAAGCUGCACUCUCCUCCGGACGCUAACGAUGUUCCUGUCUCGACUCCUCCAAAACUCACUAAACUGGGUCAGUUCAGAGUCAAAGACGAGUCGCCCUCCUCUGGCUCCAACAUCCAGCCGGGAAGCCUGUUCUUCAGUAGAGACAGCUCCACUAAAGCCAGCACAGGACUCAAGGUGUCUCCUCAGAAUGACAGACUGAGUUACGCCGCUGCUGCUCUGAAAUCUGAAGGUGCGUCCACACAGACGUCUCCCAGCAGCUCACAACAGGCUCCUGUGAAGAGGAAGUUUGAGUUCAGUAAAGAGCGUCUGGAAGCCGCCGGUCCUCCGCCCAAAAAGCCCAGUUCAUCUGCUUCUUCUGAACCAAACUCUGCCACACCGAAGUCUAAAGCAAGAACCGGAGCAACUCCAAGUCCUGUCAGCAGCGAACUGUUAAACAACAACAGCGAACUAGAGGGAAUGCCAAAUAUCGACGAUAUAUCGGCCUUGGCGAUAUAUCGGCCGACCACUAGUUUAGAGUCUCAUGACGUGAUUCAGCGUUCAGAACCGCCUCGUGUUUGUUCAGAGCUUUUGUGUCUCUUCUGCAGCUGUGCUUUCGCCAACACGCCCAAAUACAGUCAGGUGAAAGCAGCCGGAGGCGUCAUCGUCAGGAAGGAGUGGGUGAUGGACUGCCACAAAACAAAGCAGAAGAUUUCCUUCAAACGGUAUCUCAUGAGUGGAGCCGAGUCCAGUUCAGAGAGUGAGGCAGAAGAGGAUGAGAGCGAGGAGGAGACGCAGAAAGCGAAAACACCAGAAAAGAGGCAGACGACCCCAAAAAAGCAGCCGAUUAAGGAAGAGGAGGAGUACGGAGAAGAGGAGGAGUAUGGAGGUUCAACGGAUGCUGAAGAUCCAGCGGAUGACGGGUCUGGCAUGGACACUGAAGAUGAGCUGAACAGGGUGGAAAUGGAGAGCAGGAGGAAGAAAGCAGCGAAGGAAAGCGCAGCGGUUCAGGUGAAAGAUGAAGAUCUGUAUGGCGGCUCUACUGAUGAGAACACGGAUGCUGAGGAAGAGGAGGAUAAACCCAUCCCUGAACUACCAGACUUCCUAACAGGAAAACGCUUCUAUCUUUACGGCAAGUUCCCUGACAACCAGAAGAGGCAACUUCAACGCUACAUCAUCGCCUUCAACGGAGCUGUCGAAGACUACAUGAGCGAGAAGGUCCAGUUUGUCGUCACCAGCGAGGGAUGGGACGAAUCGUUUGAGGAUGCCUUGAUGGAAAAUGACAAUCUGAGCUUUGUGAAACCUACCUGGAUUUUCGCCAUCAAUGACAGGUAGAAGAUGCUACCGUACCAGCCCUACACUGUCGUCCCUUAA